AUGGCUAUAAGGACUUUCAAGGUCGGCCUACCUGCCAAACAUGAUCUAAGAAAAUCAUUGACCAAGAAGCCUGUAAGGAGUGUGCAUCGGCUCAUGGACCGUAUUGACGAAUAUAAGCGGGUCGAGGAAGACCAGCAACAAGGUAAAGGGAAGGCUAAGGUUAUCCCUCAGGAUAGGAGGGAUUUCAAGUCAAACAGAUACAACAACAACCGGCCUCGAAGAGACUUUGUUGGGCAAUCUGGGUCUACUACUACUCAGGUGGUUGGCAUAGUGUUCCAGGAACCAGCGCAUCAAAUCUUGGAGAAGAUUAAGAACGGGCUAUACUUUAAAUGGCCAAAUAAGAUGGGAAGAGACCCUAUGAAGUGCAGCCAAAGCCUUCAUUUCCAAUACCACCAAAAGCGAGGACACAUCACAGAAGAUUGUAGAACUUUGCAGAGUCAUCUAGAGCAGCUGGUCAGAGAAGGAAAGCUAAAGCAAUUUUUGUAUCAGCCUGGUGGACAAGGAGGCCAAGCAGGAUUGGGAUCUUAG